AUGGUGGGCUGGGAGGGGGCAUUCACCAUCACGACCCUGGCCAUGGGGCUGGUGGUCCUUUUCAGGGACUGGGCGGGCCCGGACUUCGUGUUCCUAGGCAUGCUCGCAUGCCUGAUGGCCGCCAAGAUCAUCAACGUGGAGGAGGGCCUGGAGGGCUUCGCCAACGAGGCGCCCCUGACGGUGGCAGUGUUGUUUGUCGUCGCGUCUGGCAUCUCAGAGACAGGGGGUCUCGACCACAUCUUCAGCCGGUUGCUGGGCAAGCCCACGGGGGUGGCGAGGGCGAUGGUCCGGCUGAUGAUUCCUGUCGCCAUCGUGUCUGCGUUCAUGAACAACACGCCGGUUGUGGCCAUCUUAAUACCAAUCGUGAACAGCUGGUGUCAGAAAGCAGACCUGCCACCUGGCCAGAUGUUCAUCCCACUCAGCUUCUCCUCCCUGCUGGGUGGUACCACCACUCUGAUUGGAACUUCCACAAACUUGGUGGUAGCAGGGCAGCAGGAGGAUGCCGGCGAGGGCCGCCCAGGGUUUUUUGAUAUUGGAAAAUAUGGUGUUCCUGUUGCCAUAUGGGGCCUCAUCUACAUGGUUGUAUUUGCCCCUGUGUUGCUGCCUGGCAGAAGCAAGGGACGACAGAAUCCAAACAUCCAGUCAAGCUUCCUUGUUGGACUUCAGGUGCCCACAGGCUCCAGAGCAGCUGGAAAGACCGUCGCUGAUGCCGGACUGCGAGGAUUGGAGGGUCUGUUCUUGGCAUCUGUCAGACGAGGGCCGAUGACCUUGAGCGCUGUCGGACCCGAGUUUGUGGUGGCCGAACAUGACAUCCUUUUCUUUGCUGGUGUGAUGGACAACGUGCAGAGUGUCGCUGAGGAGUACAACCUCAGGCCCAUCACAGAUGAAUACGAUGAGGAGAUUCCUGGUCUGCUGGGCUCUCCAAAACGGUUUGGAAGAUCUCCAAGACACAGUGAGUCUAUUUCCACUGUCGACAGCCAUCUUCAUGAGCCACUGAGGACUCCGCAAGGCCUGCGACCAUCCCCAUCGCUUGAACGCAUCAGUGUGGAGCCAAUGGGGCGACUCCUUGAGGCCACGAUCAAGGAUGAUGCAACUAUCAUUGGGCAAAGCAUUAAAGACAUUGGUUUUCGAAGGCGUUUCAACGCGGCAAUCGUUGCAGUCACACGUGAUGGUACGAAGGUUCCAGGCCGCCUGGGUGACGUCGUGCUGCAAGCUAAGGAUCGCAUCAUCAUGAAUGGCGGCCAGGAAUUUGAUGACACUUCAAAGGAUGUGGAAGACAACCUGGCUGACGUCAAGAGCGCAGGUUCUAAAUCUGACAAGGAGUUUAUGGUCGCCAUGACUGUGUUGAAGGGUGGCCCGCUCGUUGGCAAGACAGUUGAGAAGGCGGGCCUGAGAGGGCUUCCCCAGCUAUUCCUUGUGGAGAUUGAGAGGACCAGUGGACGACGGAUCCCGGCAGUGCCGCCAGAUGAGAAGCUGCAGGAUGAUGACAUCCUGUGGUUUGCUGGAGUGCUUGAAAGCGUGGCUUCACUUCGAAAGAUCCCAGGGCUCGCCCCCUACGGUGACCAGGUUGAGAAGCUGACGCAGAGCCGACUGGACAGGCGGCUGGUCCAGGCCGUCAUCUCGCCGCUGAGCAGCAUGGUCGGAAGCACCAUCCGGCAGAUCCGCUUCAGGACGAGGUACCAUGCGGCCAUCAUAGGCGUCCACCGCCAAGGGCAGAGGCUGAGGCAGAAGAUCGGGGACAUCACGCUGAAGGGUGGCGACGUGUUGCUUCUGGACACGGGCGCUGCAUUCGUGAGGGACAACAAGAACAACAGGAACUUCGCCCUUGUGUCGGAAGUGGAAAACAGCACCCCUCCCAGGUUCGACCGCGUCGUGGUCUCCCUGACCGCCCUGGCCGCCAUGGUCCUCACGCAGCUGGUGGGCAUUGUCUGGCCCUGGUUCGACGUCUCCCUGAUCACCGCCGCGCUGUUCGCGGCCGCCCUCAUGCUGGCCUUCCAGUGCCUCUCCGGCGAGGCGGCGCGUGCCUCCGUCAAGUGGGACGUCGUCACCACCAUCGCGGCGGCCUUCGGCAUCUCCGCGGCCAUGGAGAACAGCGGCAUGGCCAAGGAGAUCGCCGACAGCCUCGUGUCCGGCGGCAAGGCGGUCGGCGGCGACUUCCCCGUGAUGCUGGCCGUCUACCUGGCAACAAUGCUGCUCUCCAACCUGGUGGCCAACAACGCCGUCGCGGCGCUGAUGUUCCCCAUAGCUUCGGACAUCGCGGCGCAGCAGGAGAUCGACCCCGGGCGGAUGUCGGCGCUGCUGAUGAUGGCGGCCUCCGCGGCGUUCAUGUCGCCGUUCGGGUACCAGACGAACCUGAUGGUGUACGCCUCGGGCGGGUACACCAUCAGGGACUUCGUCAAGUUCGGGGCGCCCAUGCAGCUGUGGCAGAUGGCGGCCACCAUGACCGUCUUCAUGCUGGACGAGCAGUGGCACCUGGUGUGGAUGGUAUCCGGCGCUGCGGGGUUCCUCAUCCUCGGGGGCCCCCAGGCCCGGGCGCUGCUGACGUCUCCUGGGCCCCCCCACCGGACCCCCCCCUGGCCUCCUGCGUGGAGCUGUUUGUCCCAGAUGGUCGCGUCCAAGCCUGCCGGGGACGGCCGGGAGCCCCUGCUGGGGCCCGGCGCCGGGUGGCGGACCGAAUCUGCUGGAUCCGGUUCCGACGCGCCCGGCGGCGCGGCGGCGGGGGCGACGAGAGGCGGGGGGGUUUACACGGUGGACGGCGCCAUAGAUGCGAUUGGCGUGGGGCGCUUCCAGGCGGUGAUGUUCGUGCUGGUGGGGAUGGCGUUCAUGGGCGAGGCGGCCAAGCAGACGGUGGUGGCGUUUGUGGGGCCCGUGAUCAAGUGCGAGCUGGGAUUGAGUGAGAAGGAGCAGAGCUUGAUAACAACGCUAAAUUUUGCUGGCAUGAUCUUUGGAUCAUAUGCCUGGGGAACACUGUCAGACUUGGCAGGCCGGAAAUUUGCGUUCUUUGGAGUCUGCUUGGUCGGCGUCCUCUCGAGUCUUCUGGCUGCCUGCAUGCCAGAGCUGACGUUGCUGACCACAUUCCUCACGGGCCUGGGUUUCACAGCGUUCAGCAACAUCUUGGGGGAGACCUUCCUGGUCGAGUACCUUCCUGGCAAUCAUCGUGGCCUGUGGUGUGUGGCUGUGAACAUAUUCUGGGGCAUCGGGAUUUUGCUGACGGCUGUCUGCGCCUGGACAGUCAUGCCAUGGAAGGGCUGGCGUUUUUUCUUGGCCUUCAUCAACAUACCAUACCUGAUCAUUCUCCUACUCUGGCCGCUGAUUCCUGAAUCGGCACAUUUCCUGGUGGUCAUGGGUGAGCCAGCAAAGGCACGGAAAGCUCUGAGUUGGGUGGCAUGGAUGAAUGGGGCUGAGAUGCCAUCGGGGCGGCUGUUGGUGCCCCCACAACACCAUAACAAGUCGAACAAAUACAAUGUACUUCUCAAGAUGAAGGAGAUGCUGCAGGAGGAUGAGAGUAUGGUUUCCAGGCCCCUGUGGGCUACCACUGCUGCGGUGAUGAUGAUAUGGGCAGUUGGGGGUGCCUUGUACUUUUCCCUGGUGCUCAUGACUACCGAGAUCCACACAGUGGGGCCCGACGAACAGAACAACGUGUGCCAAGAUGGUAUCUUCAUAUUUUCGAACAAGGACUACCUCGAUGUGCUCAUCGUUUCCUCCUCAGAGCUGCUGGGCAACUUCAUUCCCAUUUUCUUUGUGGAGUGGGCUGGGAGGAAACGGUCCAUGCUGGCGUUCUUCUGCGUGGCCGCCGCGGGCAUUCUGCCCAUGCUGGCCCUCCCCAUCUCCCGCGCCACCUGGCCCCUCUUCGUGGCCCGCGCCCUGGCGCAGUCCAUCCUGGUCCUCAUCAUCCUGUACACCCCCGAGGCCUACCCCACCGAGAUGCGCAGCUCCGCCACCGGCAUCGGCAACAUGCUCAACAGCCUGGCCAGCCUCGCUGCGCCGGCCAUUGGCCAGGAACUGCUGCACCGGCGGGGGCUGCCGGCGUCAGCGGGGGUGCUGAUCGCGUGCUGCGGCGUGGGCGCGGCGGCGGCGGCCACGCUGCCCAAGGACACGGCCGGCAGGGCGCUGCAGGACGUGAUCGAGGAGGUGGAGGAGGAGUUUGAGCGGCAGCCCGUUUGA